UUGAAUUACGUUACGAUUACUUGGAUAUCAGAGCUGAAAUAUCUAGACAAAAUAAUCACUAACGGACUCAGCACUGUUUCCUUGAAAUUGAAACCAUAUAGGAAGACGUUGGUGAAAGCUUACUUGGAUAUAACGAAAGCAGCGUUUUUGUAUGAAGAAAUGACUAAAUUUCAGAUGAUCUUUUACAUGAUUUCAGCUCUUUUCAACGUUUUAUUGCACGUUGAAGUUUUGUUAUCGUAUCCAGAAGAUUUUUGGACUAACCUGAUCGCCGGACUGUUGUGGACUUUGAAAUAUUUCUUCCUUAUAGCUAUAAUUAGCUUUAAAACUGAAGAAUUUUUUACAACAUUGAAAAAUACUCAAGUUGUUACUCUUAUGCGGGAUGCGAAAUUCGAUUGUACAGGUAAACGAAUGCUGUACAAAAAUGUUCUACGUGCAGGCAACGCGGCAUAUAUUGCGCGGGGAAGCGGCGCGUUUGGAUUGAAUGCAACAUUACCGCUUAGCUUUCUGUCUUGUAUAGCUACUUAUGUGGUAGUACUUCUACAGCUUAAGUUUUAAAACAUAAAUUUUGC